AUGGACGAGCCGGUCAGCAAAAAGCCAAGUGAAGGUGCGGCAGAAAAUGGAGAGGAGGUGGAGGAGGAGGAGGAGGAGCCGCUGAGGGGCUUCCUAGACGAAGUUAACUGCCCGGAGCCGGGCAUCAUAGAUCGCCGCAUGAUCGAAGCGGCCUAUCUUGAGGAAGGCCAAAAGGGCGAGACGAGACGUCUUCACCAGCUGGAACCGGUGGUCUACGAACGCAUUCGCACCAUGCGCCUGGAGUUCAAGAACAUCCUGCGGAUUGACCAUCUAUGGAUGAUGCCCAAUUUAACCACGCUUUGCUUGAACUGCAACAAGAUCGAGGUCAUCGAGCACCUAGCCAUGCUAACUGCCCUCAGGGAUCUCAAUCUAAGCUUCAAUUACAUUACGCGAAUCGAGAACCUAGAGACGCUGGUCAACCUGGAGAAGUUGUCACUCUUUAGCAAUCGCAUCCAAAAGAUCGAGAACUUGCAGACUUUGGAAAAACUGGUCAUCCUUAGCAUUGGCAAUAAUCUAAUCAACACUGUGGAGGGGAUCGAACGCCUACGCUUCGUGGGCAGCUUGAGAGUGCUCAAUUUGGAGGGUAACCCCAUUGCCAAAAUGCCGGACUUCCCCUUGUCAUCAUAUGUGACUGCCAUCCUGCCACAGUUGAACUACUACGAAUACGUGUUCAUCAAGGCGGAGACGCGCGAAGAAGCCCAGAAGCGUUUUUACCGCGAACUGCGCGAGAUCGAGGACAAACAGGAGCGCGAGAUCCAAGGGCUGGCCACAGAGGAACGGGAAAUGGCCGAGGCGGAGCGUUUAGCCUCUAGCUUUGUGGAACACCUAGAUGGUCAUCAGCUGUACGAGUCCUUGUGGCGCGACGACAACAACGGGCGCAUUCUGAUGUUGGUAGGAACUCAAGCGCAGGAACUGGCCGAGGAGUACAGCAAGGAUGUUCACGAGCUGACCCAGAAGAUCUAUCGCCUUGGUCUGGAGCACUUUGGCGAGCGGGAUGAUGAGAUCCGGGAUUUCAAUGCCAAUCUGUACGAGGGGCAGGAGGAACUACAGUCUCAGGGUCAAACACAAAUCGAGGAGUUCCUCCAAUACAAGGAGCGAACCUUCGAUGAGAUGCGGUUAAAGUGGCGCGAUCUGGACCAACGCGAUGACGAUUUGGAAGAGCUGUCAGCUCAGUUGGAUACGCUUACUGGCCAGUUUGAGGAUGCCCUGAACGAGAUGUGGCAGAGCCUAAUGGCUCAGGAGCUUCAUUUGCACGAGGCCGUUGAGGAUUCCACGCUCAACUUUAAGCGCAAGAUCUCCCAGCUUAUGGCCAGCUUUGUGGAACAGGCCCAGGUGAGCUUCCAGCAGUUGCGCGAUGUCUGUGGCCAUUUUGCCGACAACAUGACGGAGAUUGUGUCCCAAUACCUCGCCUCCAAGCUCCUGCGCGAUGAUCUGAGCACCAUUCCCGAUGAGUUGCGAAAGUGUAUCGCUGAUCGAGACGCACUUCUGCAGCUAGUGGAGGCCAUGAGGGAAUCUCACGCCUCGCGGGUGUACGAGCGGGAGGAUCGCAUGGCCAAUCGCAGCAGGGAGUUCAUUGACGAUAUGAUCAAGAAGCUGAAAAACAAAGAGGUGGACCGUCACCGAGCCAAGGUACUGGAGAUCAAUUCCUUCAUGGAAAUGAUGACAGAGGCGCUGGCCAAUCUGCCGCGGGAGACCAAUAACUCGAAGAAUGAUUCCCUCUCGGAUUAA